AUGCCUCCCAAGAAGACCGAAGGUGCCACCAAGGCCAAGGCUCCCGCCUCUCACCCUACCUACCAGGACAUGAUCGCUGAGGCCAUCACUCAACUUAAGGACCGCAAUGGAUCCAGCCGACAGAGCCUCAAGAAGUACGUGAAGGCCAACAACAACAUUCAGGCCCAGACCGACUCCAUGUUCGACUCGCUCUUCAACCGUGCCCUCAAGGCCGGUGUCGACAAGGGUGUCUUCGUCCAGCCCAAGGGUAAGCACUUGCCUCAUGAUGCUCAAGCCUCACCUCACCACCCCCCCUCACUCCUUGCCCUAUUGAACAAUGUCGUUCACGUGCAUCCGGUGGUACCAAGCUGGCCAAGAAGAGUGCCCCCGUCAAGAAGGAGGCUGCUCCCAAAGGAGAAGAAGCCUGCUGCUGAGAAGAAGGAGACCGCCAAGAAGGCCACGGCCAAGAAGCCUGCCGCCAAGAAGGAGGGCGCUGCCACCAAGAAGGCCGCUCCCAAGAAGGCUGCUUCCACCGCUGCCCCCAAGAAGGCUGCGCCCAAGAAGAAGGCUGAUGCUGCUGCCCCGGCGGUCGUCGACAAGCCAGCUACUCUUACCAAGACCAAGUCUGGCCGUGUCGCAAAGACCACCACCAAGCCCGCGGCCAAGGCUGCCGCCACCAAGAAGGCCGCGGCUCCCAAGAAGGAGAAGACGCCCAAGAAGGCGGCUGCCUCCACUGCUGCCGCCUCCACGGCAUAG